GUAAUGGAGAGGCUGCGGACUGGGUUAAAUGGGAGCGAGUGGGUGGGUUGGAGCUACGUGUUCUACCCUGUGACUCCAGGCACGUCUGGCCGCUGCCGGGGAGGGAAGGAGCGACCUGCCCGCCCUCCCCCGGCUACAUCACAUGAGUCUCACGUGUUGGACAACGCUCUGGCUGGCUGCGAGGGAGCCCCCACCCCCAGCCCUGGCCCCCAGGUGUCUGCGGCUGCGGCCUCCUUUCCCCGAAGAGGGGGUGGCAGCGCAGCCUGGGUCCUGCCCAGCUGGGUGGGGGGCGCUGAAGCUGGAAGAAACCGGGGAGCUGGGGGAGGGGGAGAGUUGGUAACGUGGGCGAACCUGCCCCAGGGAAAUGAACCCGCUCGGAGGAACCGGCGCACAGCGGAGGGAGUCGCCCGGCCCCUCUGCCAUCCCCAGAGGCUGGGGUUUCUUUCCGUCCCGGCUUCCCUGCCCCCACCGCUCAGCCCCGUGUCCAGGAAUUGCCCGCCUUGGGGAGGGACCGAGGGGCGGGGCGGAUGUCACCCCAUGGGAAGCGGGCUGGCGGCCAAGCGCAGGGGCAGCCGAGGCCGCCGCCUAGCACGCCGCGCGCACCUGACCGCCGAGGGUGUGAGCCACGGGCCCUUUGCUCCCCUGGAGCUCAGCUCCUGGGCACAGCCUGCGGGCAGACAGGCACCCACUUGUGCACCCCCCCCCCCGGGGGGUGCCCCUCUGCCCCUACCCACCCUGGCCAGUCAAGCACAGAAAGAUACCGGGCGCUGUGCCUAGCGUUCCCUCCCUCUCUCUGCCCCCUCUGAAGCAGAGGCGUCCGGGUCGCCUCCCCUCCGGCUGCAGCGUUACACAACCGCGGCGGCGGCGCCUGCCCUGCAGCAGCGCGGGGCGUGACUCUUCACGUGGCCAGUCUUGGGCCGCAGUGCCACGGACUGGGAGCCCCACCGCGCUGGCCCGAGCUGAGACCCCAGGAAGGUGGCGUGCCAGCCGAGGUCAGUCGUCAUUCUGCUGCCACGAACUUCGGUGGCGCUGUUUUUCGGUCUGUUGCGGAAGGGAAGAAAGAAGGGAAGAGAAAAACAAGCAGGAAGAAAACUCUCCACCUAUCACAGUGAAAUCUUCGCAUUCAUUCAGUCGACACUUUUAUUGGGUCCCUUACCCCGUGUUAGGCGUAGUGCCCGGUGGAUCAAACAGGGAUCCUGUCCUUGAACUUACAGAAACCCCAGGGAAGGAUAGAUAGGACAAUGAGGAGAAGGCAGCCCUGGGAAAAAAUACAUAAGGGCCCCUGGCUAGCAGGAAAUAAAAAGAGGAAAAGGUGCUUUUUGUCGUUUUGUUUUUAAUUGACAUUUACCAAAGUGCUUAGGUACAAGGGGGAGCAGUUAACCCAGAACUUGGGGCAAAAAGACCUCCUCUAGAGGCCCCAGGUCUCUAAGAUCUCACUUAGGCCUCCGGAGGCCUCUACCUACCUUCCCAGGAAAAGUCCGGUCUUUGUGACUUGGAGCAGAGAAAACAGCUGAAACUCCAAUCCUGCGAUGUGAGCAGCUUUGAUACUGUCAGAGGAGGGAGCCAGUGGAAAUUCAUGACUAAAAUAAGGCCUGGCUGGGGAUUUCACUGACCUCUGCGCUCUCCUGCCCUGCGAGUUCGGGGAGUUGAGAGAUGACUGUAAACCUUUCCCACUACGCUUCGCUUCGGGUCAGUCACCCCGUUGCUGAGUGACCUGGCUGUGGGAAACAUUGGGAGAAAAAUGAGGUCAUUGCUGGGACUGGGCGAGGACUGGCAUCGGGCGCACUUUGCUGGGGAUCAGUCUUAAUUGACAGUGUCUUUGACAACGUGGAGAAUUGGGAUUCACAGGUUUACCAAACAGGGAGUGUGUUUCCUUCAGAUCACUUUGGAGAGCUUCCACUUCCUGUUUAUGUUUCACAAGCGUCAAACCCAUUAGCAAGUGUGAAAUGUGCCUCAAUUUCUAACUGCUAACUGGGGUGACCUCACUUCGGGGCUUAGAGAUCCUUCCCUCCCUAGAGCCGACUUUUGCUGGCUUGUUAUCAGCCAUCUCUCUGGAGGAAAUAAAUGUGUCCCACCUUCGUCCUGCCAGGUGGGCAGUAAGACCAGAGGCAGAGAGGGGACUGGAGUCCACCCUGGGUAUGUGCUUCAGCCUGGGGUAACCUGCUCUAUUGCACGACUUUAAUAAACAUGAGGAGUUGUCAUGACUGCGUCAAAACCGAAGUUCUGCUACGAAAUAAGCUGUGGAAGAGAAAAGGAUUUAUGUCCCCCUCUGCUGUCACCCCCCCAUGCCACCAUUUCUGCUUGAGUGACUCAUGACAGUAUCAUUCUGAAGUCUUUGAAUUUAUCAAGACGUUUUGCUCUCACUUGUUUUGCAUCUGUAAAUAAUAAAACACGGCAUUUCCUACUUUU